UGAAUCCUCACAUUUCACUUCCACCUUAUCCCGGGCAAGUGAGCGCCCGAAGGGAGACCCGCCGCCGCCGCUGCCGCCGUCCAGGGGAACCGAAAUGGAGCUCGGCUUGCGGCUGCGCGCUCUCACCGGCUUCCGCGCCACCCUCAGCGGUUUCCCGGCGGCCGCCGCGCACGGCAGAGGUUGCCGCCAGCCGCGACGUGGGGCUUCCUCAUCAGCCUCGUGUUCCCUUGCUGCCACUGCCAGUGCUGGUGGUAACGGAGCCGCGGCUGGACCCGUGGGGAGCGGCGUGGAGGUCGCACGCGCCAAGAGGAUGCUCCACGUGGUGCUGGUUUCCCCUAUGAUCCCAGGAAAUACAGGAUCAAUUGCGAGGACAUGCGCGGCAUCGGCAGUUGGCCUUCAUCUUGUCGGGCCAUUAGGUUAUAAUGUAGAUGACACAAAGCUGAAGCGUGCUGGAUUGGAUUAUUGGCCUUAUGUUGUUGUCAAGGUUCAUGACUCCUGGGAUGAGUUCCGAGAAUAUUUCAUGAAGCAGGAUGGAGACAAGAGGUUGUUGGCCUUUACCAAAAGAGGCACAAACAUCCAUUCAGAUUUCUCAUAUAAGCCAGGUGACUGGCUAGUAUUCGGCUCUGAAACAAAAGGGCUAGCAGAUAACGUCCUGGAAGACUGUUCCGGUGAAGCCAUAGGUGGCGGAACGAUCCGAAUUCCGAUGGUGGAGACCUACGUCCGUUGCCUGAAUCUGUCUGUCAGCGUCGGAGUAGCCCUCUACGAAGCGGCCAGGCAGCUGAACUACGAGCAGCUGCAGUACCAGCCUGAUCUCCCGGAGGAAGCUCGUGGACUAUUCCCGGCGGAGGAUAUUUAUGGAUGAGAACACGAACACUUGACUGAAUAUCAUUUCAGGGUAUGGUGCUUCCAACUUGAACACAUCAAGAGUUCCUUCUGCUGUUUGGUGUGGCUUGUGAUUUUCUGAACAUUUGAUCCGGCUAUCGAAGUUUUCUUCACAGCCUCAAUCAAAAUGUGUGCUGGAUUGACCAAAGAGUCAUUGUACCUUCUCUGACUUAGACACUGAGCUGCUCACUUGUACCGAGCCAUCAAUACGUUUGUUAAUCUGAUGCAGAUGAUUUAAUUCUUUUGGGUUUGAUGUAUGGCGAGGCGAGGCAGGUUGGUGAAGAAAUUCAGUGCUAUUUAAAACCUC